UCAUGUAAACAGGAAGACCGAUAGAAGCGGCUAAUUCAACCCAUGGUUAAACCUCCAGUUCAACAACCCCUUUAUCUCGAUAGAGGAGAGGCUAAACACAACAACAAAUGUUUUAACCAACUCACGGAUGCUGCGUUGGUUAUUAGAAAAGACACCACAACACAUGUUGGCUGUUUUAGCUUUUGGAACUGUUGUUUUUAAACUGCUCGUUAUGAGUUUCCCUCCUGAGCUCGUUUGCUAGCUAGUAAACUUUUGCUACUCUGCUACGGUUUAGCUAGCUAACGCUACGUGACGCGGUCUACAAUACACAUUUUCAAAUAAAGGCUAACGCUUGGUAGUUGAAUGUCGUCGUUAUGGGAGACAAGGAGCUGAGUCUUAUUGACAAGAAUAUAACAAGUUUGCUAGAUGUCCCCCUGAGUCCCACUGUAACAUCACUCAAUCUGCACUGCAAUCACAUCCCAAGGAUCGAGGGCCUGACCUCAGCUUGGCACCUACGGCACUUAGACCUUUCCUCCAAUUGCAUUUCAAAGAUUGAGGGUCUAAGUUCCCUCACUUCCCUAAGGACUUUAAAUUUAUCAUGUAACUUAAUCACCAAGGUUGAAGGACUGAAUGGCCUUGUGAACCUAACAAGAUUAAACGUGUCCUACAAUCAGAUAAACAACCUCACUGGCUUGUUGUAUCUUCAUGGCGCGGGAUACAAGCUGAAGCACCUUAGUCUCCUUAGUAACCACCUGGACAACAUUGAUCAUCUCCUGCAGUGCCUGCUGGGAUUGCAAAGUUUAAGAGAGGUCACUUUGAGCCAGUAUGGCAGGGACAACCCUGUGUGUAGGUCACCAGGUUACAGGGAAAUUGUUAUGCAGUCGUUGCCACAGAUAUCUGCUCUGGAUGGUCUGGACCGGCUGGGAAAUCCAUCACAGCUAGGUCUAGGGAGUCCGUGUGAUAUCCCCGGUCUGGAGGACUAUGUGGACCUCCUGCUUUCCUCGGAUACCAGUCACAAUGAAGCGGUAAGAGAGGAUGUCCCUCUUACUACACCCCGCAUUGAUGAGGUGCUGACCCAGUUUCGUCAGCGGAUUGCCACCGAAGCAAUCACAGAUCCAGCUGCACAGACCACGGUGUCUGAUCCAGCAGACCCAGUUAAUGAACAACGCAUCAGGAAACUGGAGCACCAGGUGUCCCAACUUAUCCAGAAGGCCCCUGCGGUUGACAGAUCCAGUAGCUCUACUCAUUCAGGGGUCCCGGUACAGAAAGCCAAGAGGGACACAGAUCGCACGUCAGAGAGUGAGUGUGACAGCGGGAAGGAAAACAGGAGGCUCACCGGGAUCCCCAAACACCGUAAUAGCACAACACAGAGGACGACCCCCAAGGGGACCAGGGGCCGGAGAUCAGACAGCGAUCAGGAGAAUCGUAAACAGAGGAGUUCAAAGUCUGUUGAGGGUUCCAGGAGGAAAGAUGGCACUGCAGGGGGUAAAGAUUUAAGAAGGGGACCUGUGAGAGCUUCUAAGGCCUCAAGCGACGUGAAAACCAAGUCCACUGAGGAGGAGGAAACCUACAGGACUAUUGUGGAAGAGCGUGACCAGGAAAGGGAGAGGCGUUGGAAGGCUGAGCAGGCUGUGAGGAAACUAACAGAGGAUCUAAAGUGCCUGCAGACGAAGGUCAGCGAGGAAAAAGACCUGCAAAGCAUGGCCCUGCACACCACCGACAGAAUGAAAGAAUUGUUGCUAAGGGAGCGAUCGGGGCGCUCUGAACUGCAGACCCGUGUUGAGGAGCUGGAGGGGAGGUGUCAGUCCCUAACCCAGCAGCUAGAGCGGGCCCGCAACAGUGAAGAGCAACACAAGACUGCUCUGCGCAGACUGGAGGAAAGCAUCUCCCAUGGAGAGGCACUCAGGGCUUGCCAACAGGCUGAGGAGAUGAAGCGGCACCAGGAGCUGGAGAACAAGGCAGCAGCUCUGAAGAGAGAGUUAGACAUCCAGAGAGCAUCACUGUGUCAGCACAAAGACAAACUGCAGCAGAUGCAUGAGCUGCUGGCAUCAAGGGAACAAGAGCACAGAAAACAGCUGGAAAUGCGGUUGCAGCCUGGCGGGGCAGAUUUCCGUGAGGCAGUGGCAAAAGAGGUUGCCUCAGUGGAAAAGAGACACAACCACAGGGAGGUGGAACUGCAGGAUAAACUGGCGGAGGGCAGGAAACAGUACGCUGCUCUGGAAGACGAGUUCCGCAUGGCGCUAACCAUUGAGGCUGCUCGAUUCUCUGAGGUAAAGGAGGCUUAUGAUCAGACGACUGCAGAGCUUUGGAGGCUCAAGGAGACCCUCGGCCAGUCCCAGCAGAGGGAGAAGAAAUCGGGCUCACUGGUGCAGGAGCUCACAGCCAUGGUCAAAGAACAGAAGAACCGUAUCACUGAUCUCAUCAAAGCCAAGAGAGAUGCUGUCACUGAUCUGCAGAGCCGGCUGCAUUCCUUGGAAGCAGAGGUGGAGCAGGACCGACGUCUUGGCCUGCAGCUCGAAUUGCUCAAGAAAGACAAGGCACGACUGUUGUCUCAGCUCACAGCUCAGGAGUCAGUGAUCGACGGCCUCAGGGCAGAGAGGAGGAUCUGGGGCCAGGAGCUUGCUCAGCAAGGAGCGUCUUUGGCUCAGGAUCGUGGACGUCUGGAGGCUAGGAUAGAAGUGUUGGGCGAUGAACUGGAGACUCAGAAGAAACAGAGUGACAGGGACAACGAUGCCCUAAAAAUCAAAACCAAAAUCAUUGAUGACCAGACAGAGACCAUCCGCAAACUCAAAGAGGCCCUGCAGGAGCGCGAUGAUCAGAUCCGUAGGCAGCGCGAGGAGGUUAUUCAGGCUCAGAAGAGGUUCCAGCAGCAGCUGGAGGAGGAAACCGCUCGGCAGGCUGAGCUGAGGGAGCGGCUGGAUCAUCUGAGUCUACGCAAGGAGGAGCUGAAACAGCAGCUGGAGGACAGGGAGGCAGAGCUUGAGGAGAUCAAAAGAGUUUACAGUGACUCCAGUAAGAAGUGGCAGGCGAAGGCAGACAUGCUCACUCGUCUGGAGAACCAGGUGAAGCGCAUGAAGGAGAACUUUGAUUCCAAGGAACGCGUGCUGCUGGAAGAAAGAGAUAAAGCAACAGAAGCACACAAAGCUGCAGUAGAGAAGUUACACUGUGUGGAUGAUGCAUUUCGUCGACAGCUAGAGUCUGGCCAGGCUGCCCAUCAAGCUGAGCUGCUUCAACUAGCGAAUGAGAAGCAGAAACGUAUUGAACAAGCCAAUCAGAAGGUAUUUGAAGUGGAGGAAGAGAUGCGUCAGCUCCUGGAGGAGACUGAAACUAACAAGCGAAUCAUGGAGGAGAAAAUGAAACGUCUCACAAGUGUACUAAAAGACUUUUAAGUUUUAACACAAGGUUAUACGAUUUUUGCAACUAUGGCAACGUAUGAAUUAAAAAUUGGAGGAACAUUUUAUUUUUUAAAUGAAUCCAUUUACCUCUUAUUUUUUUAUUGAUGUUUUAUGUUAAGUUAUUGUUGUAUUUUAGUGUAUCAUGAUUUAUAUAAUAAAUUUCUCUUGAGCAUA